UCAGAGAUGGCCAGACAGAAGCGCACAUUAGGAGAGCACGCAAAACUCAAGGAUUGCCCUGAGGAGAAUGGGGUCAUCCAGACGCAGUACAGUGCCAUCUCCCCCCCGGCCUCCCCCGUGGCACAGGAUGAGCCCUUCUCCACCUACUAUGAGGACAAGGUGUCCAUCCCUGAUGAUGCCACACAGCUUUUCAGUUUUCGGAAGCUCUGGGCCUUCACCGGGCCUGGUUUCCUAAUGAGCAUCGCAUACCUGGAUCCAGGGAACAUCGAGUCCGACCUGCAGUCUGGAGCUACAGCUGGUUUUAAGCUCCUGUGGAUACUUCUGGGAGCCACCAUUAUUGGGCUGUUGCUGCAGCGCUUGGCAGCUCGCCUUGGUGUUGUCACAGGAAUGCACCUCGCAGAAGUCUGCAACCGGCAGUACCCUACAGUCCCCCGUAUCAUCCUGUGGCUAAUGGUGGAGCUGGCCAUCAUCGGCUCUGACAUGCAGGAGGUCAUCGGCUCCGCCAUCGCUAUCAACCUGCUCUCUAACGGCUGGAUACCUCUGUGGGUCGGUGUUAUCAUCACCGCCUCCGACACAUUUAUGUUCCUAUUUCUUGAUAGAUAUGGUUUAAGGAAACUAGAGGCCUUCUUUGGCUUCCUCAUCACCAUCAUGGCCGUCAGCUUCGGUUAUGAGUACGUGAUAGUGGCGCCUGACCAGGGCGAGGUGCUGAAGGGCAUGUUCGUCCCGUACUGCGCCGGCUGUGGGUCACCUCAGCUGUUGCAGGCCGUGGGCAUUGUGGGAGCCGUUAUAAUGCCUCAUAACAUCUACCUGCACUCCGCACUCGUCAAGUCGAGGCAGGUGGAUCGUGGGAAUAAGAGGGAGGUGAAGGAAGCCAACAAGUACUUCUUCAUUGAGUCAGCCAUCGCCCUCUUUGUUUCUUUCCUCAUCAACGUUUUUGUUAUGGCUGUUUUCGCCGAGGCAUUCUACGACAAGACAAACAUUCAAGUGAACGAGAAAUGCAAUGAGACAGGCAGUCCUCACACUGACCUCUUCCCCCUCAACAACGAAACACUUGAGGUGGACAUCUACAAAGGGGGGGUGGUCCUGGGUUGUUUUUUUGGGCCAGCUGCUUUGUACAUUUGGGCCAUAGGGAUCCUCGCUGCUGGGCAGAGCUCCACCAUGACGGGGACCUACUCUGGCCAAUUCGUCAUGGAGGGUUUCCUCAACCUGCGCUGGUCCCGCUUUGCGCGGGUCCUGCUGACGCGCUCCAUCGCCAUCACCCCCACACUGCUGGUUGCCAUCUGUCACAAUGUGAACAGUUUGACAGGCAUGAACGACAUCCUCAACGUACUGCAAAGCAUACUGCUGCCGUUUGCGUUGAUCCCCAUCCUGACCUUCACCAGCCUUCACUCCAUCAUGAAUGACUUUGCCAAUGGACUGUUUUGGAAGAUUGGCGGUGGUGUGAUCAUCUUGGGGGUGUGUGGCAUCAACAUGUACUUUGUGGUGGUGUAUGUCACAGCACUCAACAGUGUAGCCCUCUACGUCCUCUCUGCCCUGAUGUCCAUUGCAUACCUAAGCUUCGUUGGCUACCUGGUGUGGCACUGUCUUAUCGCUCUGUGUGUUAGCCAGCGGUUCUCAUAGAGGAAGAACCUGAGUUCUGCUCUUAGAAUCCAGGGGAAGCUCUCUGGCUCUUUGGGCUGAAAUAACUGUGGGGAGAGCUCACCACGCCUUCAAGAGACUGAUCAAGGAACUGAGCCCUUACUAGAACAAGAUGUAGCGCAGAGCUGUACAAAAUAUGACUCAGUGCUGAAUUGGUUGGACUUGUGGAUAUGAUGUGUUUGAAUGUUUUUUGGGCAAUAAAAUUAUAUUUGGUGUGUU